AUGAAGUUUUCAUUUUUGAAACAUAAUUUAGCUGAGCUUAUUGGUAAAGCAGAAUAAUUAGAUUCACCAAGCUCAAUUAUAAAGAAAUUCGGUCCAUUCCUUUUAACUAGUUUGUUUAAUCAAAAGCUAUAAGAAAGUCAAGAAGUCAUAAAUUAUAUGGAGAAAUAUAUUGAUAAAAGUAAUUUCAUUCGAAACAUUACACAGGAUCAUCAUGCUAAAAAUUGGAGAACUAAUUAUAGAAAAUCAGUUGAAAGUUUAGCUUGUUCAAUCAUAGUUGAUAAUUAAAAUAUUAUUGAUAAGCAUUACACUAAUACAUUAAAAGAAGAUUAAAUUACUUUACCAGAAGCUUUACCUUUAGUAUAUACUUUGGUUAUUUAAAAAAUAAAGAAGUGGAAUAUUAUGUAUGAAUAGGAAGUUUUGUAAAGAUUAAACAAUUUACUCAAUACAUAAAAAUAGGAACAAUAGAAAAUGAAUCUAAACAUUCUAUAUUAAAAAUAUUUCCUAUCUGAUCUUGGAUUAUAUUAUCCAGAGUUAUUAGUUUAUUCAUAAGGUAAGAUCUUUUGUACUGAAUUACCCUUGGAUUAUUUUAUUGGGGAAUUGAAAGUAGAGUAUAAAGAUUUCUUUAUUGAAGAUAACAAUUUAGUUGAUUUAUAGAUAGGUGAUUAAGUUUAUGUAUUUAUGUACCCAGAUGAAUUUGAGUAUUAAACUAUCAAAUCUUUUAUGUUAAAAUAUGUGAGAAUCAAGAGAUUGCAAGAGUUGUAUUCUAAUGUUCAUGUUGUUUGGUGUUAUAAAGGAAUGAAAAAAAAAGAGUUACUUGAUGCUAUUAGUAUCUGA